CUCUUGGCGUUUGCAUCCAAGCUUGCCGUUCUCCAUCGACGUCUUCGAUAUUGCGUACGCUCAGCGGGGCUCUGUAUGAUAUAAGGAGCCCGUCCUGCCCUCCAGCUCAUCUUGACCUCCUCGUACUAUACGCCGUCGCAUCUAUGUCUGCCAGCCCUCAGCCAGAAGAGAACUCCUCCGUCCCGCCUCGCGAGGCUGAAGCCCUUGCUUCCGAGACACCUAUCAGUUUCGGACGCACCGUCGUUCCCGCACCUUGCUUCAACACGGAGUCGAAGACGGAUUCUCUGCUCUACGAGUACGCCGAGCACAGUUACGUCGGCGACGCCAUUAUGCUAUCCCUCAAGGACGGCAGGAAGGUUCCCGCGAAGAACCACAAGUUCACUCUCAAGAACGGUCUCACCGUCACCUACGGGCAGAUCAAUGGCCUCGCGGGCGACUUUUACGGGACAACGGAGCCCAUCAGCGACGGCGCCGACGCGCGCGCCCGGGUGUCGCGAUUCCAAGCUGCCUUCGACUCGCUCGCGGAGCCUCGCCUUCGGCAACCCGCCGAGGCUAAUGACAUCCUUGCCGUCCUGCAGGCCGAGGUCAACGCCGUUAACCAGUCCCUCCAGCAUCACACCGAUCCUUCCUUUGCAUACAGCACCCUGGCGGACGUCAGCGUCAAGCUCCAGCUUCUGACGAUGGUUCGACCCUGGCAUAUUCCCAGCUACGCGGGCUUGGCGAGGAUCAACUGGGAUCACUUCGGUGCGGACGCUCAUGCUGCCUACAAUGCAGGCCACGCCUUGGCUUUGGAGGCUGCGGCGUUUGGCGAGCUCGACAAGGCAUACGCACUCAACGCCUUCGCGGAUCACUAUCUCGAGGACUCUUUCUCAGCAGGCCAUCUACGGACGCCUCGACGGAAUUUGCACUCAACUCUUAAUCCAUUCGCUGACCUAUGUGCCAAGCAUAUGCAUGACGAGGACUGUGCAAUUGGCUUGCAGGUAAAGAACCGCGCCGGCGACUCGUGGACCUGCUACGGCGACAAGCGCGCUCUCGACGAGGUCGCCGCGGACAACAUCCACCGCACCGUGGCAGCCGUCCAGGCGUCCGCGAACGAGGUCUACACUGCUUACAAGACAGGCAAAGUCAUACCCGCGGAGCAGUAUGCCGCCUGGGAGAUCGCGCCCACCCUCGAGUCUGCGCUUGGACCUCAGUCGCUCGCACCCCUCUUUAGAUACGCGGACGCCUCGCAGAAAGUCAUCGAAGUGCGCACCGACAUCAAGAACCGUCAUAACCCACAGUACGCCACCAAGGGUUGGACAUACUGGAGUGUCCAUGACGCCGUCGAGAAGAGCGGCUGGUGGAACUAUCCUAUCCUCCAGAACGGCCCGGCGAAGGUCGUUCCCCAUACCGGCUUAGCGACCGUUGCACUUUCGGACGCGGCCGUCUCUCGCGUGUACUUCCAGAACCCCGCCGGCGACGUUCUGGAGAGCCGCCAGCAAGACGGUCUAUGGGCGAGUGACCAUCAGAAGGUGUGCAGAGCCGCGCGUUUCACGCCUUUGGCUUGCGUGCAUACCGAGGACGGAGGCGAAGUUCGGCUAUACUAUCUUGACGAGAAGUUCAAGUUGUGCGAGUAUCGCUUCGUCAAAGGGAAGUGGUACAAGGGCUCGCUGGACACUAUGAACGUCCAAUGCGAUCCCUUCACCUCCAUAGCCGCUUUUCAGUACGAGGAUGACACUGGUCGACACAUCCGUGUCUAUUGCCAGGGUCAGUUCCUCGACGUUCGGCACUUACGUUGGACUAAACCGCGCUCGUAGAGCACGAAUCCAUCGUGAUCCAAGAGUUCAUCUACAGCAGCGACAAGUGGUCCCGUGGAGCGGCCCUGCC